AUGACCAAACUAGGCGCGCAGCCCGGUGUUCACGGAGGUGAGGACCUCGAAAAGGAGGCAAUCAAGAUCGAUCCAAAGGUUUGUUUGGGAGUCUCUAAAAUAGCAGAUUUGAUAGCAAAUUUCAAGCUCUACAACUUUGUAGUUGAAAAGUUUUCACGAAAACCUACAGGCGUUGAGAUAUUGUCGGUUUACCAAGCAUGUACACUUGCUAAACCGACAAUCCCCUCAUUUUUUUUUCAAUUUUUCAGGUGUUCACCGUCCUCCAACCGACGGUAAUCCCGAUGCCGGCGGCUCCGAUGGCCGCUCCGAAACAUGGUGCAUCGGCCGGAUGGGCGGCCCUCCGCGCCUGUUUUCACUGUCUUUUCUUCGUCUCGUGCCUCAUGAUCGUCACCCUUCUCGGCCUCUACUUCUUGGCCGCCACUCCCGAACUGUUCAAGGUGUGACACUCGAAAAGCGAAGCGGACUGUUUGUUUUACGAAAAUGGUUCCAGAAAAUCGAUACCUCUUCUUCUUCGACGUCUCUUGACAAACCACAAAUGGAGGCGUUGAUUUCGUCGUCCGAGAGAAGCGCGUCCGAAAACGGAAUAUUGUCGAUUCCACUGGCGCGAGUCGUCGUCGUCGAGGACAUUUCGACGAACAACAACAACAACCAGGAGCCGCCGGAGCAGAAGAAAAAGACGGUAAGUACUCCCUCUCUCUCUCUCUCUCUCUCUCUCUCUCUCUCUCUCUCUCUCUCUCUCUCUCUCUCUCUCUCUCUCUACUACUCAAUUCCAAUAAAUGUUCAGCUCGUCGUCGACAAUUCGGUCGAGGAGAAGUCCGCGGACCGCCCGUUGCAUCCCGACGAAAUGGAGCAGUGGCGAAUGAUGGAGGCGCGUCAGCAAUUUGAGCAAAUUAUGGAGCAACGCGCGUACAUGCAACAAGCGCUCGCCCUUCGAAUGUGGCGAAUGAGACGUGUUCAGGCGGCGUAUUAUGCUCAGCAACAGAUGAAGAUGGCCUAUUUCCAGGUUCGGUUCUUUUUGAGCGCUGCUCCGAGAGCGCUAAACGUUUCAGCAACAACAACAAAUGCAGGAGGAGGCCGCCCGUCAGCAAUGGGCCGAACGAGCUCGAUACGAGGAGGAACAACGUCGGCAGUACGAGUUGCAGAGAGCUCACGCGUUCUGGCAGCAACAUCAGAUGGAGAUGGCUCAGCAGACGCAGCAGACGCAGCAGACGCAGCAGACGCAAUGGCAGAGACCGUCCGUCUGGCAGCAGCCGCCCACCCAAUUCUUCUUCCCCGCCCAGCAGACGCAGCAGCAGCAGCAGCCACUUCCGGAAGUGCCGGCGUUCUUCCAACCGGCUCCACAACCAUCUGUGCACGAUAAAAUCUAUGAGGAGCUUCAGAAAAAGUCGCAGAACAUUCCGGUCAACGCGCCGACCAGACAGAUUUGUGAGCGACUUGCAGAGUUGAGCGGAAGAACUCAACGGAAGAACACGGAACAAUUUUUAUCUUUUUUAGAAAAUUUUUUCAUGAAAUGCGAUCAACUGACGAAAUGUAGAGCAAAGUGAACUGUGCUCAUAGAAAAAUAAUUGUAAAUUUAACUUUUCAUACAAAAAAGUUAUUCGAGUUGUCGCGUGAAAAUGUCUUUCGGUCUUCCGUUAACCCUUUUUUCACGGAACAACUCGAAUAACUUUUUUGUAUGAAAAGUUAAUUUUACAAUUAUUUUUUUAUGAGCAGAGUUCACUCUGCUAUACAUUUCGUCAGUUGAUCACAUUUCAUGAAAAAAUUUAUUAAAAAAGAUAAAAAUUCUUCAGUGUUCUUCCGCUGAGUUCUUCCGCUGUCACUGACUUGCAUCACGAUUUCUCACCCCCGAAACUCUCUUCAGGGACCGCCAUCACGCCGACGCCGGCGCCCGAAGAAGCGACAGUGAACACGGCCGCCGCUGCCGUCACGACGACGCCAAUUCCCGAUGCCGCCGAGGUCUCCGACACGAUCCUCAGAGACAUUUUCUCAGCGUUCGACGAGCAGAAGAACUCCGAGGUCCGCGCUUUUUUUUUCAACUCUCAAGAUUACUGUCUAGAUUUUGGAAGUUCACAAUAGUAGCACAAAUUGUUUUGUUCAGGCUGCCAACAAGGAAUUGCAGACGUCGAGCACCGCGGAGCCAGAGAUUGAAGGAAAAGGAGGAGCGGUGGUGAUCGAGGACAGUUUUCCGAGAAUCGAGGAGCGUACCACGACUCCGGAGCCGGUCGAGGAGUCGUCCGACGAGGAAAUUGAGACCUCUUCUUCGUCUGGCGGUCCCGUCGCAUCCGCUGAUGAUGAUGAUGAUCACGAGAAGGAGCUCGACCCUUUUGCUGCCGUCCUCAAGUUUUUCGAGAACAAUCCGCCACGUGGCGCCGAGACGACGGCCAAUCCGGCGGGCGCCGACUCGCGCAUCUUCAUGAAGCCGCUGAUCCUCUAA